AUGGCUAAAUCUACUACAAAGAAAGUAACAAAGGAAUCCAAGCAAAAGGUUGAAGAAAAGGCUGCUGCUACAUCCGAAUCUUCUUCUUCUGAUUCAUCCUCUUCUUCAUCAUCUUCUUCAUCAUCUGAAAGUGAAUCUUCAUCCUCUGAUUCCUCUUCUUCUGAAAGUGAAUCUUCUUCUGACUCUUCUUCUUCUGAAAGUGAGUCUUCCUCUUCUGAUGACGAGUCCUCUUCUGAAGCUGAAGAAGAAUCCAAAAAGGGAGAAAAGAAGGAAGAAUCUUCAUCUUCUGAAUCCGAGUCUGAAUCUGAAUCUGAGGAAUCCAAGAAAGAAGAAUCCAAGUCCGAAUCUUCUUCUGAUUCCUCUUCCUCUUCCUCUUCCGAAUCUGAAUCUUCUGAUGAAGAAGAAGAAGAAAAGAAAGAAGAAAGUAAGAAGCGUAAAGCUGAAGAAUCUGAAGAAUCUGAAUCCAAGAAAUCCAAGACUGAAGGUGAACCAGCUACUAUUUUCGUUGGUAGAUUAUCCUGGUCUAUUGAUGACGAAUGGUUAAAGAACGAAUUCGAACAUAUUGGUGGUGUUAUCGGUGCUAGAGUUAUCUACGAAAGGGGUACCGACAGAUCCAGAGGAUAUGGUUACGUUGAUUUCGAAAACAAAGAAUAUGCUGAAAAGGCUGUCAAGGAGAUGCACGGUAAGGAAAUCGACGGCAGAGAAAUUAACUGUGACAUGUCUACAAGUAAGCCAGCUGCUGGUAAUAACGAUAGAGCUAAGAAAUUCGGUGAUGUCCCAAGUGAACCAUCUGAAACUUUGUUCUUAGGUAAUUUAUCUUUCAAUGCUGACAGAGAUAACAUUUCUGAAAUGUUCUCCAAAUUCGGUGAAAUUGUUUCUGUCCGUAUUCCAACUCACCCAGAAACUGAACAACCAAAGGGUUUCGGUUAUGUUCAAUACACUAACGUCGAAGAUGCUAAGAAGGCUCUAGAUGCCUUACAAGGUGAAUACAUCGACAACAGACCAGUUAGAUUAGAUUUCUCCACUCCAAGACCACCACAAAACAACAGUGGUUUCAGAGGCGGCAGAGAUGGUUUCCGUGGCGGUAGAGGUGGUAACCGUGGUGGUAGAGAUGGUUUCCGUGGUGGCAGAGGCGGUAACCGUGGUGGUUUCAGAUCUGGUUCCGGUGCUAACAACGCCCCAUUAGGUCAAUCCAGAAACACCGCUUCUUUCUCAGGUACCAAGAAAACUUUUGAUUAA